GGAAGUAAGUCAUCGUCUCUGUAUGAUGUCACACUUAAUCGGCCCAGGGUUCAUUUACAGUCAACGGUUUCUCUGAUACCAACUGAAUAAAUAAUCUGGUAUACCUGUAGCUAAAGCUUGACUGAGGGAAAAUGUCCGACGAAGAUCUCAAACAAAAAAGCUUUCUGAACUUGGUAUUGACUGGAAGACGGCUUCUUAUGAUCGAACAAUUCCAGAGAGCCAGACACAUCUUCACCUCGGCACUGGAACUCCAACCUGAGGACAAGGAAUGCUUGAUAGGACGAUCCAAGUGUUGCAUGAACGAAGGGCGGCUUCGGAAAGCUCUGCAGGAUGCUGAGCUUUCCCUCAGACACGACAAGUCCUUCCCUGAGGGGCUGUACCAAAAGGCUCAGGUGUUGUACAGCCUGGGAGAAUUGGAGUUCUCAUUGCAGCUCUACUACCAAGGACAACACGUUCGCCCACAGAUGCAGUGUUUCGAGCUGGGAAUUCAGAGAGCGCGGGAUGCCAUCGAAAACUCUGUUGGCAGUCUGACUAAUGUCCCACUGAAGGUUGGGGGAGACCUGUCUUUCCUUGAGAACAUGGAGUUGGUAAAGAGGACACAUCCAAUCAAAAUCAUCCAGAAUCUGAUGAAGGAGGAAAAGACGGAGGCUCCAGAAGUCCCCAAGAAAAAGCAAACGACCCCAAACCUGUUGAAAGAUUUCACUGACCCCAAGACGUUUCUGGCAGAUUUGGUGAAACAUGGAGAUUUGAUGAAGGACAAGACAAAGAGCGGAGAAGAAGUCAAAGAAAUCGUUGAGGAUUUGCUCAUGUCGGUUAACACUUACAAAGAGAUCUGUAAUCAGGAAAACAUGGUGGCCCCUCCAGAGAAGAAGCCUCAGCAACCGGAGGCUGAAGGACUCACAGUCUCUGAAUGUGAAGAGUUUCUGCUGAGGAGCUUUUGCGAAAUAGUAGCAGAACUGAAGUCUGGAGAUGAAGAAAGUGGCCUGAAGAAGGCGAAAGGAGUCGUGAAGUUUGUGCAGAGGCGAUCGGAAAUGGAGCUUCCUCCUAAAAAACGGGUUCUUUGCAGUUUGGACGGUUUUAUUGGAGAUGCUCUGCUUUGUCGCAGAGCAAACGAGAUGGAGGAUCGUCAGAAUGAUCACGACUUGACAGAGCAAUGCAAACUUCCAGAGGCAAAGUCCAGAGCUGAGGGGGGGAGCCUUCAGGAAACAGCUGAGCUCUUGGAAUCGUGAAAUCCUCAGUGUCCCACUAUGAAAAGCGUUUCCAAAGAGGACGACUCCGCCCCAGAGACCAUCCAGAAGGCUCUUGAUGAAGCAAAGCAACGCAUCAGAAACUAGGAUUUCUACCGUGGAUGUCUCCGAAAAACCACCAAACACCAGAGAGAGAGAACCAUCAAUUAACACUUUUAUUGACAUUUAAGUAAAUAAAAGUUUUUUUUAUGAAGCA